AUGGAAUUGUGCCUUUAUAACUCUAAAAAUGGCUACUUGGAAGCCUUGUUGAGAGGAUUCCGCAGCAGUUUUUUAACCCCAGAGGAAUAUAAAAAGCUGACAGAAGUGGACACGCUCGAAGAUUUGAAAUCCGUUUUAGAAGACACGGAUUAUGGAUCGUUCAUGAUGGAUGAGCCAUCACCCAUUGCAGUCACAACCAUUGCGCAAAAAUGUAAGGAAAAAAUGGCUCACGAAUUCAAUUAUAUAAGAGCACAGGCAGAAGAACCUCUGAGAACAUUCCUAGACUAUAUUGCAAAGGAGAAAAUGAUUGACAAUGUAAUAAUUUUGAUACAUGGCACGUUGAAUAAGAAGCCAGCAGAGGAAUUGCUAUCAAGAGUAGACCCUUUAGGAUAUUUUCCACAAAUGAAAGCUAUCACCACCAUGGAUGUACAAAACUCUCAUGAUGAUGUUUUGAAGGUGCUUCUUAUAGAAACACCGAUAGGAACUUAUUUCGACAAGUACAUCUCUGCGAACGCAUCAAAUGAAAAGAACAACGUAACAACUAUUCUCAACGAAAUGGAUAUUGAAAUUUUAAGGAACACAUUGAAGAAGGCAUGGCUGGAAGAUUUUUACGAUUUCAUAAGAGAGUUAGGUGGAAAGACAGAGGAAGUUAUGGGUCAUAUACUAAAAAGCGUUGCAGACUUUCGAGUGCUAUCAGUUACAUUGAAUACAAUUAAUUCUAGUUUAAGUUUGGAGCUGCAAAAAGAUAGAAAUGAUAUGUUCCCAUGUUUUGGCUACCUAUACCCAGAGGGAACAGAUAGAAUUAGAAAAUGCUGGAAUAAUGAAACCGUUCAGGCCGCCUUAGAAAACUAUCCGACUUACUACAACUUGUACGAAGAAUGCAAACAGUUUUAUAUGAAAAAUGAAAACAUGCAGGAUAGUAAAAUUGUUGACCAUAAAGUAAAGUCUUUGGAAGAUUUACUCUAUGUGAAACUGGUGAAAUUAUGUGAAACGGCAUUUGAUCAACAUUGCCAUUUUGGGAUUUUCUAUGCCUGGGUAAAGUUAAAAGAACAAGAAAUUAGAAACAUUGUUUGGAUCUCAGACAUGAUUCUGAUGAAUAGGAAAGACUGCAUCGAUAGUAUUAUCCCCAUAUUUGAGCCGCAAAUUUAG